CCAAAUUGGCCACUAAAGAAUGAGUGGAUAGCAACAUAUGAUCAUCAUCUUCUUCAAUAAGAUAUUUUCUUCACCUUAAUUCAUCGUUUUACAUACUUAAUUGCAAGCUUUUCCAAACAAAUACUUCUCCAUUUUUACACAUAAAUUAACCUUUCGGAGCCAAAAAUGGCAAUCCUAAACUAUAUGAUUAUAAACUCAGCAGCAACACCAAUGUCCAAAGACUCACCGAAUCCGAAUCCGGAGCAAAGGCCAACAAAAAUCCUGCUACCAAAGAAGAAGGCCAUGAAAUGGUCGACGGGCGUCGCACCGGGGGAUUACGGCGGCCCACCGACAACCACGAAGCUGCGUAAGUAUUGGGGAGGUCAGAAAGAAGAUCCAGUUACAUCUUCUGAAUUUAUUUGGAAUAAUGAUUUUAUGCCGCAGAUGGAGAAGCUUGUUAAUGAUCAAUCACAAGUUUCUGAUUCUAAUCUUCCGUCUUCAUCUGCGGAGGAGUCUUCUGGAUUUCUUAGCCUGAAUAGAGUCAUGAGUCUUGACAGUUUAGAAGUUGAUCUCAGUGCUUCUCUAAAAGCAACUCCAAAGACAGCAUCAGAACAGAAAAAUACAACUGAAAAUGUGCAAGUUCCUACACGAAGAUGGAAGCUGGCAGCUACCAAGCGUGAGCAGGAGAAAUGGGAUAAAGCAGCAAAGGCUUCAACUGCUGGCAGUGAUGUGUUGCUCCGCGAGUUAAGGCAACCUCAAGGGGACCCAGAAGUUUUAGCUGCCCAAUCAAGAGAGCAGUAUUACCAGCUGAAAAACAAAUUGCAACUGCUAACAGUCGGAAUAGGUGGCAUUGGUUUAGUUUCAGCUUAUGUCUCUUACUCUCCGGAAAUUGCAGCAAGUUUUGGUGCGGGCUUACUUGGAUCAUUGGCCUAUAUACGGAUGCUUGGCAACAGUGUAGACUCCAUGGCCUCUUCAGGAUCUAAGAAAAUGAUAAAGGCAGCAGUUGGACAGCCUAGGUUGUUGGUUCCGGUUGCGUUAGUCAUGAUUUAUAAUCGUUGGAACGAGAUUGCGGUUCCUCAAUUCGGACUUAUGCACCUAGACCUAAUACCAAUGCUGGUAGGGUUCUUCACCUACAAAAUUGCUACAUUCACCCAAGCAAUUGAGGAUGCACUGCCUGUAGCGGAGAAGAAGACAGAAACAUGAGCAGUUUCCAGGCAUUUUAAUAAUAUCAAUUUCAGUUGGGUUUCGGAUGAAGAAGCUGUGGCUUGAAGAAACAAAUACUCAUCAAAUAGGAAGCGUCAACAAAUAGGCAACCACAUCAUUCUUUGUUAUACAUUCAAGAAAUUUAAAGAUGUGGAAUUUGUGUUGUUGUCAACACUUGUUAAUUAUAUUCUUGUUACAUUAGCUGAUGAAUUAUGUAAAGCACGGAUGUUUCAGUAUUUCUCUUGAAGAUGUACUUUGAUGUAUAUAAUAAGAAAUUGAUUCGAUCA